GUCUCCAUCAGGACGCUUCACUUGAUCACGUAGCUCUGACUGGCGGCGGGGUCCAACCCAAAGAGGCUGAGACCGAAGAGAGAACAGCAAAACACGGCGAAGCAAUGAGUCGGUUGUUAUCUGAAGAGGUUUUAUUGUAACCGCGGCGCCCCGCUUCUCCUCGGCUUGCUCGGUGGCGCGCUGGCUCCUCGCCGUUCCGGCGGAGGGAGUGUGAGGCGCAGCCGGCACUCCAGUCAUGACCUCUGGGAAUGGGAACACUCACAGCAGCCAUCACAAUGGAGACAGCAAACCGGUCCAGACCAUAGACAAGUCCCACAUCCUGACUCAUCUGAUAGAGGGCUUUGUGAUCCAGGAAGGGGCUGAGCCUUUCCCUGUAGAGCGCCCAUCUUUCUCCAUCGAGAGCCUGAGGAGGAGCACCGCUGACUCAAAGAUGGAUGGCCUCCUGUCCAAAGAGACUAAGACCAAGCAGGAGCCCAUGCUGACCUGUGAGCUGUGCGGCCAGGUGGACUUUGCCUACAUCUUUAAGAGGUCCAAGAGGUUCUGUUCCACCGUGUGUGCUAAACGCUACAAUGUGGGAUGCACAAAGAGAAUGGGUUUGUUUCCGAACCGCAAGUCCACUCUGGAGAACCUGAGGAAGCAGCAGCGGGUGCUGAACGGAAACUCCAGAAAUGCCCAGACGGACUCCAAGAGGAAGACGACUCCUCCUGUGCAGACGCCGGCAGCUCCCUCCACCGCUCCGUCAGUCCAGCCCUCUCAGGGAGAGUCCAGUCAGUGCUCGGACCUGUCCGGCUACAGGUCCCCUCUGUCCCCUCCGUCCCAGGGCGUCCCUGCAGUGCUGGGCUCUGAGCUUCCUCACACCUUCCUACCCAGCGACCCGGGCCAGUGGAACAUGGAGGACGUCUACGAGUUCAUCUCCUCCCUGCCAGGUUGUCUGGAGAGCGCAGAGGAGUUCCGCUCGCAGGAGAUCGACGGCCAGGCGCUGCUGCUGCUGAAGGAGGACCACCUCAUGGGAACCAUGAACAUCAAACUGGGCCCAGCGCUCAAAAUCUUUGCUCAGAUCAGCAUGCUCAGAGACCCGUAGCCCGCCUCGCUGUGCACACACACACACACACACACCCAUGCACAGACACACGCGUGCACAGAGGUGAGUUAAUGGCAGCGCUGCUGUUGGCAGACAAACAGGAACACUCAGGUUCCCACAGUUCAAACCUCAGAUCAGGCUACUGUUCCUUAUCCGUUACGUUACGGACUUCAGGAAAGGUGACGUCAUGCUGGAGAGAAAGUUGCUAGCUAGGCUGUGUUGAGAAGUGGAGUAGUUUUCCUAGAGGCUCGUUGUUGGGUAGCUUUCUGUCGUUCAGGAGCGCGAUGCUUGGCGUUCAGCUCAGACUCAGCAGCUGCAGUGGGACAUCGGUGUCAGCUGUGAGUUCUUCACCAUCUGCUUCCAUGCAAAGCCUGCAGUCAUCCUGGAUGCCAGCGCACAUCCUCAUGGUGGCUGCAAACCCACAGCUUUCGCUCUGAAAGGCUGAUGGGAGCACGACCGACGGUUCCUCUGUGUGCAUCAUCCGCUGGAAGCCAGGAGAGGCACAGACACGGGGCGUAGACGGACGCGGCGGACCUCAUGGCGCAGAACAUCCAGAGCUGAAGAUCAGGACAGGAUGGCAGAACCACAACCAAGUCUGGGAGAGAACGCCAGAACAAAGCUCCUUUUGUUUGUGUGAACCAGUCACAACAGAAACAGGUUCUUCCUGGUUUCUCUGUGCAAAAGUGAUGGUUGGAAAAUCAAAGGUUUUUGGCAUUUCUUCUUUAAACAUCUGGAGGAUUUAGUUUCCGGUUUUUACAUCUUAGUUUCACAAACAUCCUUUCUUCUGGUUGGGAUGUAAAAACAGAACCAAACCCAACAGAUUCAGUCAUCUUUUCAUGUAUUGGAGCACAUUGUCUUUUCUUAGAUCUUUUUUCAUUUCAAGUCUUUUUGACAGACGAGGUCAUGAAGAAACUGUAACAAAAAUACAUUUGAAGAUACAAAUGAAUGAAUGAAUCAACAGCACUGGUUCUGAACACCUUUUAUUGGCUCAGGUCUUUCUGGAUUCUGGUUUUGGUCUCUUUUUGUGUGGAGUUCUGGCUGAGCGACGCUGCUCUCCAUGAUCGGGUCUGGGCCCACAGGAAGGACAAAACACUGCAGCUUGAAAAAAAGUUGGUCUUGGAACCGUUACCAAAGUGUAGAACAACAUCCAGCCUUACUGGCGUUGAUGCUCUCUGGAAAAAUCUGUGUAUUUUGUUACUUUUUAACACUGAAAAAUGCAAACUGUAAAUAAAACCCUUAGAUUAUU